GCUGUGUCAGUGCGGGAGGUGAGGGUGUGGGGCGGAGCGGUAACACCGCACAUAGCGCUGACACCGCUCAGACGGCGGUGCGGAUAUGGAGAAGAUCUCCACAGGAAUACAAUGCAUCAAAUACUUACUCUUUACCUUCAACUUCAUCUUCUGGUUGGCCGGCACAGCCGUGCUCGCUGUCGCCCUGUGGCUCCGCUUUGACUCGAAGACAACUGCCAUAUUUGGAGCUGGACAGUGCCCCGCACACUUCUGUGUCGGCAUCUACAUCUUGAUGGGAGUGGGUGCGGUGAUAAUGAUCAUUGGGUUUUUCGGAUGUUGUGGGGCAGUCCAGGAGUCCCAGUGCUUGUUGGGAUCAUUUUUCGCCUGUCUUCUGGUGAUAUUCGCUGCUGAAAUCACCGCUGGAGUUUGGGGUUUCCUGAACAAGGAGCAGAUAAUUGAUACGAUGAAGUCAUACUAUAAAGCAGAGUCGGAAAAAGUCAAGAAGGAAUCAAAAAGCAACAUCACAAUUGUGACGAUCCACAAAGUGCUGAAGUGCUGCGGCACGGCCAAUGAAUCUUUCAUUUGUCCCGCUGAGCAGCAGUCCGAGGACUGCAUCCUGAAACUGGACGAGUUCUUCAGGUCGAAGCUAUACAUCAUCGGGAUUAUGGGAAUCACGAUUGCUGGAGUCAUGAUUUUCGGAAUGAUCUUCAGUAUGGUUUUGUGCUGUGCCAUCCGCAACUCCCAGUAUGUAAUGUGACAGUGCAUCCCGCUCUGCUCCAGCCCAUCCCAGCUUGACUGCCACAUGCACUCUCUAUCUCCAUCUCUCUCUGUCUCCAGCUGCUCCCCAGCUGUGAGCAGCACUCUCCAACCAGUCUCGGGAACACUGGGAAUCACACACGGACAGUUUCCCUGCUUUUUAUUUGAUUAUCUGCAAAUUAUUUCUAUUUUAUGUAUUUAAUAGAUGCUUAAAGGCGGUGGCUGUGUAUUGUGGACAGGCUGCCCUGUCCUGCCAAGCUUCCGAUUUCUCAUUCUGUCAACAGUUAUAUUUGAGAGGACAUAGUUUAAAGCCAGACAUGGAGCGGGGGAAGGUUGAGGGGAGUAAUGUCGGCUGGUACCGAUGUCUAGUCAUUGACUCAUCGACUGCCUCUUCAUUAACCUGAUACCAGGCUUACAUUCACACCACACUGUGCACCAGUGUUCACUGGUGUUCGCCAUCAGAUUCUGUGGAGUCCUGCAGCUCAGUGUUUAGAGCACUCGCCUCGCAAGC